UUACACUUGGAAAAUAGAUUCCAAGACACGGGUAAAAUGACUUGCAAUUUGGGGAAAAUGUCUUAUCAAUUUCUUUUUAGUAAGACAUUUUCCAUCUCCUUCAUCCAGGUAAAAUUUCUCUGAUUCUCCCGUUCUUGAACUUCUUAUAUUUCUUCCCUUUUUCCUUAGUUCGUUGCAUAUAUAUGCUCUUCUCAAGCAAUACACGCUGCUAUUUCGUCUUUCUCAGGCAAAGCUCUUUUUUAGGCAAGAAAGAAACUUUCUAUGGAAUCCAUUGAUUACCCAUUUGGAGAAGAGUUUGAAAUUGAGACAGUUGAGGAUGAAAAAUCUUACUUGCAAAACAGACUUAGAGAAGAGAUUGAAGGUAAUACCAAACUAAGCCAGUGUGGAAAAACAAAAGAAGACAUUGCAAGGGCGUCAACUAUGUCUUGAGAAAGAAGUAGCAAUAUUAAAGGAAGAGUUGCAAAGGGAGAGAGAUAAGAGGACAACUUUGGAAUCCGUUCUUAAUUCAUCUCAAGAACAACCCACAGUUCUCCCAGCUAAGAUUGACAAAAAGAAAAAGGCAGAUCUUAAUGACAUAGCUCUAGCAGAGGCAGAUAUAAUUAAUUUGAAAAAGAAGGUUGAAGAUCCGGAGGUGCAGCUUAAUCAACAGCUUGAGAAAAAAUCUACUUCCAUGAAUGAUUCAUGCAGUCAACGUCAACCAAAUCAUCAUGCAAAAAAAGAGGAUAAGCCAAAGGGUACUGGAGCUGUUGUUAAAGAGUCAGGAAGCAAGGUUGCAUUGCCUAUAACCUCGGAACCGGCAGUGGUACAUCUGUGCUUGAAAUGGUUGUUGCUUUUGAGAAAGCUUCUGGAAAGAAAGCCAGGAGAUGCUACAGCUGUUUAUGUUUCCACUGAAAAAGCUCAAAAAGAACUUGGUUGGAAAGCAAAAUAUGGUAUAGCAGAGAUGUGCAGAGAUCAGUGGAAGUGGGCAAGCAACAAUCCAUGGGGAUACCAGUCAAAGCCUUAGGCUGCAACUAAAUACUAAUUUUCUUCCCUAGUCUUUUAAAAUUGUCUCAUAGGGAGAAUUAAGUGUACAAAUACUUGUUUAAUUUAAACAAAACUGAUCUUUGAUGAUCAAAAGUUAGGAUUUAUCAAAUGUUCAAAGAUCUUAUAAAAUUCCUUUGUGUUACAUUUAUAA